AUGCACGUAGAAAUCUCUGAGGCACAGCAUGCCUGGAGCCUCCUGAUAUCAAGGGGUUUAUUGAGCUAUUUACCGUUCUUCGAGGCCAAACAAUGUGUCACGGUCUCCACAUGGCUGCGGCAGCUGUCAGACCGCAAAGAUGGUACUGGGAGCAAAGGACUUCCUGGUGGGAUUUCGCAGCCCAUCAUGGAGGCUCUGUGGCAAGGAGAUGUCGAAAGCCGUGCCAGCGCUUGGAAGGUACUUUUGCUCACUGGCAUUCAUUUACAUGAUUCUGAAGAAUAUGAACGAUUGUGUCAGCAGCCUUGCCCAUUUGACUCUGCAAUUCGCCUCGACGUGCAUCGAACGCUUCCACAAGAGGCUCUCUUCAAGGAAGUGGAUGGACAGGGACAACGCAUGCUUUUCAGGCUUUUGCGAAGCCUUGCAAUACGCCUGAGCGAAAUUGGCUAUUGUCAGAGUUUGAACUUUGUGAUCGCUACCAUGAUACUCGUGUUCCCAGAGGAUGAACUUUCUGCAUUCAAUUGUGCCCUAGCCUUGCUUCUGCGGCAUGCUUUGGUAGACUUGUACAGGCCAAAGUUCCAGAAGCUGGAAGUUGUACUCUGGCAGUUUGAUCGUCUGGUUGAGGGAUUUCUGCCAAAGAUUCAUGCAGCCCUCACAAGACACGGCGUCAGCUCGGAAUACUACGCCAUCCAGUGGUUCUUAACGCUCUAUGCCAGCGACCUGCCACAGCACAUGGUGCGGCGGAUCUGGGACCGCUUUCUGGUCGCUGGGUGGCGAGUCAUUGCUCAAGUAGGGCUGGUCCUGCUCUAUCGAAUCCAAGAUAUCUUGCAGGAUAUGGACACAUGUCAAGCACUGGUUUUUCUGAAGAGGUUCACACGAAAUGCCAAAUUCACUGCAGAUGAGCUACUUGACACAGCAGCCACUUUUAAGGUAUCGCAUCGAAUGCUCUCCGCCCUUGAAGCUGCAUAUGCCUGGAAUGAGCCAUCACAGCUGACUGUCAUCAAAGACCUGAACAGUGGGCAAGUGCACUGGACGGUACAAGCAGCUAGCUUCGAGGAAACCGACGAGCAUGAGGAAGCAUCGAGGUUCCCCCGAGCUGGUACGAAAUCGCUCCAAGGUGGACGACGCUUGCAGGGCAAAGUCCUGCCGUUCUUGCUCCACAAUCUGGACACUGGUGAGACUACAAUGAUGGAGAAGGCUUUCUCCCAGUACAAGGGUGAGAUGCACCAGCAAGCCCGCGCAAAAGCGGGUCCUGUACAGGCUGGGCCUUCAUCUGCAGAGAUGCCGGGUGUGAGUGCCGAAUUGGAGACCCCAGCAGGUAGCUUCUGGAUGCAGACUGUUCAACGUCAAGCGGAAAGAAGACUUUCGCAGACGUAG